AUAAUUAAGUAAAACGACUAAUAUGAUCUUCUAGCACAAAUCUUACAAAUAUAUAUUUGCCGAAAUAUUUCAAAAAACAAGUACAGUCACCUGAUGAAUCAAAUUGAAGCAUACACAAGAUUCAAGCAAGUACCUCCUGAAGUGAGCAAACGAAUAAAGAGUUACAUAGAAUUCAAAUUUCAAAAGACUGUUUUCAAGGAGAAAUUGAUAUUGGAGAGUAUAUCUAAUUCGUUGAGAAAUGAAAUUGUUUGGCACCUUUGUCAAAACUUCAUCACAAGGGUUGAGAUAUUUAAGGAUAUGCCUCCAAAUGUGAUGAUGAAGAUAGUGAUGUUGCUGAAACAAGAAAUUUACCUCCCCAAUGACGUUGUUGUACAAACGGGAGAACUUGGUACAGAGAUGUUCUUCAUUUAUGUUGGAGUUUUAGCUGUAUACACACCCACUGGAAAAGAGAUAUGCCACCUGACAGAUGGUGAUCACUUUGGUGAAAUAGCACUUUUACUUAAUGAAACAAGAGUGGCAAGUUGUGUAGCCAUUGAUUUUUGUGAAUUAUAUCGCCUCACCAAAAGGAACUUCAAUGAAGCUCUAGAGUCUUAUCCUGCUGCUAAAUUAAGAAUAUUACAAUUGGGACAAGAUCGUUUCAAACAAACGGAAAAAAUUAUUCAAGCCACAAAUGAAGAACAGUUUGAAGAAGAAUUAAUGGAUCAAUAAAUGCAAUACUAUUUUUAUUUUAGUAAGAUUUUUGAAUCGAUAAGUUGCAAAAAUUAAAUAUUAUGCAUUCAAGUCAUGAUUCAGUUUAGUUUGAUGAAAAAAUUAGAUACGAAAAUAUAUUUUUUGUUUCCAUUAUGUUGCAGGAAAUGUAAAAUUGCAAAUAAUUAACUUUAUGUGGUGAAAUGAAAAAUUUAAUUGUG